AGAGAGAGGAGGAAGUCUCGUGGGGCCCACGUAAAUACCUCCCUGGGGGGAAACCUAGAGCCGCGCCGUUAUACCUCCACUUCUACCGGCAGCGACGGCCACUGGGCCACUUGAACUCGCCCUUCUGGAAACCUCAACGCUCUUCCACCCAUCACCCACCCUCCCCCCUUCUCUUCCCGCGACGCGUGUGACUCGUGAGCCAACCGGAAAGGCAGCGUCCUCAACCCCACCCGCCACCCACAACCCUGCACUUCCCUCUCCUCGCUAUUAAUCCCCACCUGCUCUCCCCCAACCAACUUCCCACUCCAAAUCGCUCUCACAACAAGCGAAGGAAACAGAAAAGAAGCCCAUAACGAACGACGAUGCAGGAAAACAAACGGAGAGCGAUGGAAUCAGAAGAAGAGGAAGGGAAGCAACGCGUACCCGUCCUCGUGGCUUCCCCCAGCUUCCGGGAGCCCUUCGCCGAGGCUGACGAUCUCCUAGAUCCACCGCCUCCCGUCGGCACGGGGGACGGCGGAGAUGAGUCCGACGUCGACGACGACGAUUCCGAAUUCGCCUUCGUUGUCAAGGACCCCGAGACCGGUCCGGCCAUCACCGCCGCCGAGAUAUUCUCCAACGGCCAGAUCCGCCCCAUCUACCCCGUCUUCGACCGCUCCCUCCUCCUCGCCAACGGCGACGACGAUCGCGGCCGCCUCGUAGCGGAGGGGGAGGAGAAGACCGCACCGUUGCGCAGAACCCUAGGGAAGCUCUUGAUCGAGGAGCGCGAGGAGCACUCCGCCUCUGCCUCCUCAUCCUCGUCGUCCUUGGGAACGGACGAGCUCGAGGGGAUCCCGCCGGGGACGUACUGCGUGUGGGCGCCGAGGUCGACCGCGCCGUCGGCAUCGCGGUGCAAGAAGAGCAGAUCCACUGGGUCCUCGCUGCGGUGGCGGCUCCGGGACCUGGUGAUCGGACGGAGCCAGAGCGACGGGAAGGAGAAGUUCGUGUUCCUCGCGGCCAAGGGCGAGGAGGCGGUGGCAGCAGUGUCGGAGGAGAGCAAGAAGGAGAAGGCCAAGGCGAGAGACAAGGGAGGUAAACCGACGGAGGUGGACGGACCUACCGCCCAUCGGGUAUAUUACGGGAAAGGCCGGCAGAAGUGAGCGGCGCGGCCCGGCGUUCGUUCCUUCCUUACAACCAAAAUUUGAUCGGGUUCUUCGCCAAUGUGAACGGGCUUUCCCGGACGCAUCACCCAUUUUAAACUCCCCUUUUUUCUUUAAUUUUAUUUUUUUUUCCUACUUUUUAAGUCUUUUAAUGGGGGGUUUAAUAUUCUAAUGAUAGAUGUCAAAGAUCGUCGUCGAUUUGGUGGUGAGAAGGCUAUUAUGUUGAUGCAGUGGACAUAUAUAUUCUCAUUUUACGCUUUGUGAUCGCAGUGGAGUUGGAUGUGUGUUUCGUGUA